UGCGCAGUGGUGGCGGGCGGGGGAUUUGGAGCGGCGGCGGCGCCGGUACCGAGCGAUGAGGGAGGUGCUGCGCGGCCGCUCGGGCAACCGGCUGGCCCCGGAGGGCCAGCCCCGCACCGCUGCCCCCAUGGCGCCGCCCGGGCCCCCCUGGGCCCGCACCCUGGCCGCGCUGGGGCAGCUGGAGAGGGCGCUGAGCUGCUCCCGCUGCGCCGGCGUCCUGCGGCAGCCCGUGUCCCUGGGGCAGUGCGGGCACGUCUUCUGCCUAUCUUGCCUGGGUGACUGUGUUGGCACAGAAUGCCCAGUGUGCCACAUGCCAGCCUGGGUGCAAGAUGUACAGAUACACCGGCAACUAGAUAACAUGAUUCAGCUUUGCAGCAAACUGCAGCAUCUGCUGGGUGUGGACACCUCAGAUUCAACAAAAGAUGCGUCUACACAAAGUGACCCAGACGUUGAAAAAAAGAGUAAGAAGGAACAGAUAAAAAUGUGGUUCAGCCCAAGAAGUAGGAAGAUCCGAUGUGUCCUGAACAAGAGUCAGCCUCAGACUACAAGUAGCAUCCUUAGUCAAGACACAUCCUCGGCUUAUGAUUUCUGUCCUUCCUCUUCUCCUGAAAAGCCCUCCAAGCCAACAAAAAAGCCAGUGCAGAGACAGAGUAAGAAGAUGAAAAAGAAACGUCUAGCAGACAUAAACAAAGCGUGGAGCUUAGAGAAGGCUGAGCAGAAAGGAGUUGAGAAGACUCCCAAGGGAAGAUGUGUAACCAUCUGCAGUCAGCCAAUUGUCUCAUGUACUCCAGAACCAAAUAGCUCUGGAGAGACACUUCAGCAGGAGUCUGUAAAGGAAGCUGACUCCAGCAAAAAUACAGAAAAUGUGGAAAUGUCGCCACAGGUAAAAUCCUUAGAGAAGAAAGAUAACAGUGAGGUCAUGUGCUCUGCAGAGGCAGACAAGGAAAAAAAAUAUGCUACAGAGACAUCACUGUCAAUAGAAAAUGAAACUAUGCCUUUAAAACGUGGAAGGGAGCAAUCCAGGCUUCGGAUUACUUCUCGGUCUAAAAGACAGAGAACAGAGAUGAGCAUUAUUGGGAAGUCAGACAGGCAGGCAGAUUGCUUAGAGGAGUUACCUCAGGACUGCUCUGUCUCCCCAGCAACUGAAUGCAAGGCACCAGUUCAGAUUUCUUACUCUGUAUCGAAACCCACUGACACUGUAAUGAAGACAAGAAGCUCUGCAGUCUUUAAAGCAAUAAAUAGUCCUUCACUUCCAAAGUCUCCCUCUACCCCAUCUACUUCUAAGACUUGUAAUCGAUUAGGAAUACCACCCAGCCCUUCUGUGUUGAAGUCCCCUGGUGGUAACACAAUUGCCAAAAGAAAUUACAGAGGAGAGACUUUGCUGCAUGUUGCUUCCAUCAAGGGUGAUGUAGCAGCUGUUGACCAGCUGCUGAAAAAUGGGGCAGAUCCCAAUGUCAAAGAUAAUGCUGGCUGGACACCACUUCACGAGGCAUGUAAUCAUGGGCACAAAGAAGUGGUGGAGCUGUUGCUACAAUACAAGGCGUUGGUGAAUACUACAGGGUAUCAGAAUGAUUCACCGCUUCACGAUGCUGCCAAGAAUGGGCAUGUGAGCAUUGUUGAGCUCCUGCUUUUGCAUGGUGCUUCCCGUGAUGCAAUUAAUAUAUUUGGUCUACGGCCUGUGGACUAUGCAGAAAGUGAAAAGAUGAAGUCUGUGCUAACGUUACCAGUGAAAAAUGAAUCAUUUUCACUUAAGCAGCCCUCGGAGGCACUGAGCCCCAGCCAGCCAAGGGAUGGACCUCUUGGUAUAUUGGGGAGCAGUCUUAGUUCAGAGCAACAGAAACUGCUGAACAAACUAACAACAGUUCUGAAGGCUCAAAGGUGUAAUGAAUUUAAUAGCAGAGUAACUCAUCUUGUUAUCCCUGAUGUUCCGAUGCCAAGUACUUUCAAGUGUAUGAUGGCUGUUCUGACUGGAUGUUGGGUCCUCAGGUUUGAAUGGGUGCGAGCCUGUCUCCAAACCACAGUUCGAGAACAAGAAGAGAAGUAUGAAAUCCAAGGUGGCCCACAAAGAGGCCGGCUCAACAGAGAACAGCUGCUGCCUAAGUUGUUUGACGGAUGCUACUUCUAUUUUAUGGGAUCUUUCAACAGUCACCAGAAGAGUGAUCUUGUGGAACUGGUCAAAGCAGCAGGAGGACAAAUUCUGGUUAGGCAGCCAAAACCGGACAGUGAUGUGACACAGACAAUCAACACGGUGGCAUACCAUGCAGAAUCUACUUCUGACCAGAGAUGUUGCACUCAGUAUGUGAUCUAUGAUGCGUCUUCUAAAUUCAAGCCGGAGAAAAUUCGUCUGGGCAAAGUCUGGAUGGCCCCCUCCAGCUGGCUUAUAGACUGUGUGAUGUCAUUUCAGCUCCUGCCUGUAAAAUGAAUAUUGAUGCCUCAUGAGCAAGGCUUUUAAAUGUGGUGAAUGUUCAGCAGUUGGAACACUCUGGUGAACACUGGUCUGAAGCUAUGAUUUAUAUUUUGCACUUAGGAGUACAGGAGAGCUUUGACUAUUCAAAUUAGUUACUAAGAUCACUGAUAUACUAGAAUAAAUUAAUUUACAAUGGAGGAGAGACAUAAAUAUACUGCAUUGACAAAUGUGCCUUGGGUUAUUUAGAAUGCUUUAUUUCUGCAUUUAACUUAACUGUAAUAAUCACUGACAUCUUUUAAGUAAGGUUUUGCAAAAUGAAACCUUUUGUAUUCUUGACUUAAACCAUCCCUUUGUAGGUGAUAGAGCAUGACCCCAUUUAUUUUGUGUUUAAUAUCCAUUGACAAGGAUCUACUGUAUGUGUCAGGAUUUCCCAGCCAGGACAGAAUUUGUAUUUAUUUUUAAAGAUAAAUACAAAAAAACCGUGCAUUUCAACAUAGUCAUUUCCCUGUGUAGACAUCUCUUCUGCCAGAUGACGUGAUAUUUCCUAUGACUUCUUACAACUGAAUUUUGCAGGGAAUUCUUGGCGUGGGUUAAACCUUGUAGAAAGUAGAGUUAACUAAUGGCCUGAAUUCAUUUGAAAGUGAAUGAUUUUGAAAACACCAUCUUGAAAAAUCUUGGUCUAAAAUUCUUGAAUUAUAGCAAGAGUAAUGCUUUAUUCACUUCUGUCCUCUUCCACACUUUUAAAGGUGAGACUUAAAUUUUAUUCUAUUUUCUGAAGUUUUUUAAGCGACAGGAUCCUUAUUAAAUUACUACAAUCAAAAAUACUUCUGUAAGUACGGAUAGCUAUCAUGGUUAUGUUAACAGAAAAAGUAUAAUGAUCACAAAAGAAUUAUGCCUCACUUUGCACAAUUAUGCUUAAAAUCAGCUGGCUACAUUGGAGUAAUAAUUGAUUCCUUCACAUUUGUUACAGUAUUUCUCAUAAUUCGUCGUAAGAUGUUGUCAGAAUCUUACUUCCUUAGUCUGUGCUCCUACAUGGUAUCUUGCAUCUUUUCUGUUGCCUUAGUUUGCGAUUUCAUAAUUUAAAAAUGGUGUCUUGCAGUAAUACAUGGUGCAAAUGAUGGUUGUGGGCUGAAACCAAGUCUCUCGUGUCUGCUUCUGCUUUGUGUUUGCUUGUAAUAAAAAAACUUCUAGUGCCAGUAA